GUUCAGAGAGUAGCGCGGGACAAAUGUAUCACGGGCAUGUACAUGUGGAGAUAUUUUUGUCAUUUGUAAACACAAAAACACAAAUGAGGAACGGAUAAAUAUCUCAGCGCCUGGUCCAAGUCACGAUUUACAUUUCUGUUCGGGAAAAGCCGAAACUAACAGCAUUUUACGCGCCGCUGCCACCACCGAAUGUUUGGCGACACGAACGAAUUUUCAAGACCACCAAGAAUCGCGUGGGACGAGGAAUUCGACACGGCGAUCAUUUGUGCGUGGGAAAUGUUGGUGAAUGAUGGCUGUUUCCCAUGGCGCUGGGAGAUUUUGGUAUGAUAAAUGUUGUUUUUAGGACUCGGUAAGUAUUGUGUUCUAAAAACGAGAUGACAAUGAGUUGUUAAAUUUCCUGCUUACCUGAAUAAACUCGCACGCUCGGUCACAAUAAAAAUUUGCAAGUGGAUUGUUCUCUUCCGAGCGAUAACUAGAUUGCAUUAGAUUUGUUUUUCGAUUCUUUAAUUCCUAUGGGCUUGAACACACGAGCAUAAACUUUUUUUGUUUCGGUAUCAAGAUCGGAACUUUGUGGUUUUAGGUCAAGCGUUAUAUUUUUUCAGUAAUUCGAAGUCGUGCCAGUUUCCACCGUUAAUACUUUUCGUUAGCCUUUCACCGACUGUUUAACCCAAUUAAUAUUUCUUGUUUUGAUACCUUUGAAUUCAAAACGAAAAAAACGCGAGUAAAGCUGGUUUUAAAUUUUCCAAUACAUAAUCUGAGUUGGAGAUUUAACAUUGCAAAUGGUGCAAAAAAUUCUAAAUGAGAAUGUAAAAAAUUCACAGACCAUGAGAUGCGUGGGCUGAGCUCAUAUUCGUUGAUAAUUUACAAGUUACGUGUCUUUUAUAGUUUAAAUUAUGAUGAUGUGUCGGAUCGGAAAUGGUUUAUUUGUAAAUGACAGAGAGUCUGGCUUGCAAAUUUGCAUUAUAUAUAUAAUUUUAAGUGUUUAAAAUUCCGGGCCUAUCACACUUUUGAGUCAUUAUGUAUUUUAUCAUUGUAUAAGUAAAAAAGGGAACAAUUAAUGCAUCAUGAAAAAGUUUAGAUCAGGGAUGUAGUUAUGGAAAUGCUAAGCAAGCCUAUUUAUCUGUCAAACCGGCUAUUCUACUCAACUCCAUCUUUGAAAUUACCCCACAAUUUUUUUCCAGAGCUGUUAAAUUUGAGCUUUCUUUCAGGCAGCGACACCAGCCCGCGAAAUCACCCAGCAGCCAGCUUUUAGUAGCCUGCUCGAAACUUUCAGGUGGUAAAACAGGCUUGCUUUUAGCUACAUCCUUCAAAAUAUUUUAAGUAUCAUGAAAAGUAAGAUUUAGCCAAUAUUCACACGGCAGCUGACAAAUUUUUGACCGGCUUAAAAAUUUGACCUGUCCAUUUUUUCCCAUUGCAUUGUAUUUGAACUGUUCAAUAUUUUUGCUCUAUCCAAACAAAUUUUGAAUGGCUAGACAACUAAAUUUUUGUAUGGUUAAGGUGGUCAUGUACACCUUAAUGUGCGAAAAUUCAACUGGUUGAAAAUUCGUCCAGUGCAGUGUGAACACACAUGGCCUUAAUGUGUUUUACCCUGUUUUUGUUCCCUCAUGAACCCAGCCAAACUUGUGAAUUUAUGUUAGUAAAGUCAUCAUUAGGGACUUAAAAUACACUCUCUCUGAAGGUGACCAUGAUUACCCAGAUAAAGUUGCUUGUAGCCUAGCUAUAUCUCUGAAUAAGUAGUUAGAUACAGUCAACCCAUAUUUAUGGUUAUGACUAUGGGUAAUUUACCCAUAUCUGUAUGUGGGAACAAUCAGCCAGUGUUCAAUUUGGGUGGCAUUUUGGCAUCAUUAUUGCGGAAUAUUCUAUUUUGAUGCAGAAUGAAAUUAUAGGGGAGUCAGACUGACAGGAAAAAAAUUUACCUCAUAUAUUUGUUCUUCCAAAGGAGCAGGCAACAAUAAAAGAGGCCCUGCCAGGGUAAAUUCAGACAAGUGACAUGGCCCAAAAAGUAGCGAUAGCGCGUAAAAUGAAAUCGCGACAAGAGACAACCUCCCUCGGUCAAAUUGCGACAGUGACGGCAAAGCCGACAAUAAGUGACAAGCAUUUAUAAACACCGACACGAGACAUGUUAAAAUUCAGACGGGCGACAUGGGAGCAAAGUACAUUUUUCAAAAAAAUUGGUGUGCUUACUAGCCUGAAAUGAGCAUGCGAAAUAACUGUCAUUUCAGGCUAUGUGUUUACGAAUAGUUUUUGUGUGAAGCAGUCCAUGCAACUCCGAGAGACUGAAACAUACAUUUUGAUGGUCUGCAUACGUUGCUUUGCCUAUCGAUUUACGCUUUUUUUGUUCACUUUGUACUUUUGUUUUUGUUUCAUCAUAAAAUGACAACGAACACUAAAUUCAUUUUUUAUGGAAAAGAGAAUGGCAAUUGAACCUGAAAAGCAUUAAGGUUGGCUUGAUAAGGAUGACGGUGAAGCUGGGAAAGUCAGUUUAAUAAGUCAACCUCCAGAACUUGAUAGUUUGGAUGGUAUCAGUUGUUCAAAGUUUCAAUACCAUAGUUUGAGACCAUUUUUGAAGUAAUAUAUCAAACAUGAGACGCAGUGUUUCAUCACCAGAUGAAACACCAAGAAGAGAGUUGAAAAUACGAUGCGCAGCGGAGUAUUUUUGACGAACUUCGAGGUGUUUCAUCUGGUGAUGAAACACUGUGUCGAAUGUUUGAUAUUUCUUCUCAAACAAAAUCAUUUUUGAAGGAGAAAUUAAGGAUGCAAAUACUGAGCAGUUUUUCAUCCGAUUUCCAAACACUCAUUAAACAUUAAUUUUCUUUGUAUUUUCUUUAUGAAUUAUUAAUGAGUUUGAGAAAUGAAGUUGUAGAUUGAACACUGUUAGCAAUAAUGUUGAAAAAGGCUGAGUAUGAUCUGAAGAAUUAUGCGGAUCAAGGGGUGUUAUCUCUUGAGACUGAAAGCUGAAGCUGAAGCUGAAGACACCCUCCAAUAUCGGCAUAAUUGUUCAAAUCAUAUGAAAGCUGAAUCCAAAUUAGCCUGUACUAUAGAUGUCUUUUUACCUAAUAUCACAAACGUCUUUCAAAUUUGGUCAACGCUAGCAGGUUAUAGAGAAUUAGCCAGGGGUUUUGAGCCAAUCAUAAACAGAGAGAUAUUUGGAAUGUCUGUCUUGUAUUGUAUGAUUAUAUUAUCAUAGGACUUAAAAAUAAAUUUUAAAAAAUAAGAAUGAAGUGAUGAAAUUGUUAGCAGAUUCUCCAAUAUCCUUUCAAGAGGUAUACUGUGGUAGCAUAGGGGUUUCUUAUUUUUAAGAAUUCAUGAAUUUUGGGCAACCGGAACUUUUAAUUUUUGAAAUAGUUAAUUUAGAAAGACUCUAUUAGCUAAGACACAAAUUUAUUCCUGUGAAUGUCAUGUGAGGCAGAUGUGGCACAAAUUAAGUAACUCACGCUGGGAAACAAACCUGGAAAUGAAUUGGCUCAUUUCGCCACCUUGUAAUGAUACAGCGACAAAUUACAAAGUUUCGAAAGAAAAUGGCAAGAACGCCUAAAAAACCAUGAGGCUUAAAAUACAAUGUGGGCUUUCUCUACUAAAUUACAAAAUACACUUCAUACAAAAUUUUAAUAUUUCAUACUAUGUGAGAGGUCAAGAUGGCUGGAUGUUGGCCAAGUUCUUUUUGCGUAUUUGCGUAUGACUCAAGGUGAAGUCUGGGUUGAUAAAAAUGCAAAAAAAUGUGGCCAAUUUCGAGCUAUUUUUGCUAAAGAAGCUUGGUAAAUAUAGACCUUUUUCUUGUGGGACUGAUGUGUGGAAUCCUGAGCCUAGUUAACCUAUCAGAAUGCAGGAUUUGCUAGCUUUGUCUUACCUACUCAUGGAUUCAGCCAUAUUAUAAAGUAAACUCUUUGCCUUGGGGGCAGUCCUCGCUAUUACAAAAAACAACGCGAUAAUAGGGACAGCAGCUUAAUCCUUGAAAAAAUAAAUUACAGACUUUCGACUGAAAUAUACCCCUGCAAGUUUGGGCUCUCCCUGGUCUUCAGGGUGUCCGCAAUAAUGAUAGUUGACUUUAUGUGUACCACCCUGUUAUAGUACAUAGUACAUUUAUCAUGUUCAUGCCAAGAGUUGAAGCUGUCCUUUCAGGUCCUUCAUUGACUUCUGACUGAUGACUAUGAGCAGGCUUAAUUUUUAACGUUACUUUUAUAGAGCCAUUACACUAAGGGACUGGCCAUUAGAAAACUUAUGAGGGGGCGGGGUGGGGGCAAAGUAUAUAAAAGUAUUCGGACAAGGGAAAAUUAAAUGGCAAAAGAAAUUGGUGCAUGCCAAGUAACCCUAAAAAAUAUUAAUGCACUGGGCCAAAAAAAUCAUACAAAAAAAAUGCAUUUUGAGAAUUCUGCCCCCCCUCCCCCUCCGUCCCCAAUAAUUUUUCUUAAGGUUGGUCCCUUAACUGUAUAGAAAUUUAUGAUAAAUGUUAGAUAUUAAGCUAAGUGGGGAAUUAUAUGUGGUUGAACUAUAGUGUCAGCUGACUCCCCAUCCCACCUCCCAAGAGGAUGGGAUUGUAGCUAACUCUGGUGUGAUGUAGCCAAUGAGAAAUAUAUAUGUUUUUGUAAAAGUCUCCAGGUAUUACAGUCGAACCUCGUAAAGGACCACUCAAAAUGCAACAUAGUAGCGGUCGCUUAAGAGGUAUCAAAACGUCAGCAAUUUCUGGGUUGCCUCAAGCUUCUGUUUCAAGGGGAGGCUAAGUGCAAAGCCAUUGAUGUGAAAGUGAUUUUUUAUUCUCGUGCAAAUAAAACUCAUUUUCACAAGAAAGGUUUGCACUUAGCGAGAGUUUUUGUAACUCAGAGGUGGCCUAUAAAUCUUGAAUUUACAUCAUAUCUAACACAGAUAAUUUUUAAUUGUAGAAAUGAGAAGUAAAAUGUCAAGCCAUUUAUGUGAGGAUGAUGGUGGAUAUUGCUGAUAAAUAACCAAUAGACUAAUGGACUUAAUAAGUUCCAACACUGGCAAUGGAGAUGUUGAAAAUCCGAUUUAUACUGACUUUGAUCAAAAGAGGCAGACAUCUGAUCAUGGUGAGUCCAUCCACAUACAAAUUCUCCCAGGAGUGUCAAAAGUACAUGUAGCCAGCUGCUGGCGAAAAUCGCUGGCUACUUGGUUAAUAUGCUAGGCAUCUUUACAGAUGGUGUUUUUUCAAUGAAACAUCCCUGGACUGGCCACUUACUUUGAUAACUCAGCCGUCUAUACUCAAAACUUUCUGACAGCCCAGUUCUCACGACUGAUCUCCAUGCAUUUCCUUGGACUGAAAGGGUUAACAUUCAACUAAUAUUCAGUGCCCAGUCAUUUGAGAUAAAGAGUUCCAGAUUGACAGAAAUAGGUCAACCCAUUUGCCCCCAAAGUGCACCUAAUCGCCCUGUAACUACUUGUAACACCCUACAACCUCCCAUAACUCCCUGUAACCGCUUGUCACCCACUGUUACCACUUGUAACCCACUAACCUCCUGUACAAUGUAUCUGCCUGUAAUCCCCCUUAACCUCCUGUAUCCCUUUGUUUCCCCCAGUAACCCCCUGUAACCCUGUUAACCCCUUGUAACCCCCUGUAACCUCCUGUAACCCUUUUUUGUAUGAUUUGAAUUUUAUAUAUGGGUGUUAAAUUGUUUGUCUUUUAAUUUUGCAAGGAUUUUCAUUUGCGGGCCUUAAAUUGUGUAAUUUUUUUUUUUAACAGUUGUGAAAAACUCGAAAUUAAGAACAAAUAGGGUAACUUUUUUGUUAACAGAAAACAGAUGUACCAUUUUUUCAAACCACCCAGGAGAAUCUUGUGUACUGAGAAACAUGAAACUAUAAAAUUUGAUGUGGUGGGACAACAACCCGCUACAAUGUAUAUCCAAAUCAGCUAAAAAAAACUAAAAAAAGAGUAGAAAAUUUUAUCCCCUUAAAUUACAGGCCAUGUUUUCUUAAGCUUCCCAAAUGGAAUUUGCACAAACCAUUUAAUUUUCUGACCAGGGUUUCCAGAUUUCCCGUGUAGUUUUUACCCCAUCUUUAAUGGAAUUGCUUUGCAUUUUGUAGGAAGUGUUUUUGAUUCAGAAGAUGAUCUGUCUCUUGGUGCUGAUGCUCAAGGGUUUUCUACAUCAAGUCCACCCCACUUUUCACCAGCAAGCUCCAGUAUUUCUACAGGGUAAGUAACUGAACGACUACAUGUGUGACCACCUCCUAUAAGCAACCACUUAACUGAAACACCAAAAUUAUUUGUCAAUGCCUUAUACAGUCGGUUAAACCCCGCUUUACUAGGCUCGAUUUCCACCGGAGUGCGGGCUCAUUUUCCCGAACAGUGGCUGGUAAUCGAGCCUACCGCUUUUUGGACACCCACUUAAUACAGACACCUCAUUAUCAAGGACAGUUUGCUUUGUCCCUAGGAAAAUAAAGCCCUUACACUUUCUCAAAAUUCGACCCACUUAACCCUUUCACUGCCGGAGUGCUUGAUGGAGUUUUGUUAAGGUGACUCUAACUUUUGAGUCUAUAAACAAAAUCGCAUGAUGUGACCAUUCAAAUGAAAGCUCUCUGCCUUUACUUACACAUGCUACUAUUUAUUUUUCAAAAUUUUGCUUUUGGCUUAAUUUAGCAGUUAAAGGGUUAAUACGGACACCCUGUUAAUACGGUUACUUUCUGUGUUAAUGUCCUCCUCAGUGUCUGUAUUAACAAGGUUUAACUGUAGCUGGUACCUCUCAAAAGCGACCUCUACCACUUUUUAGGGUGACAGUUUAAGAGUUUUCCACUGUCCAUAACUUCUUCAAAGGGACCACUUGAUAUAAUGGUCUGAUCUCUGUGUUCACUGUAUGGACUACACUACUCAAAAUUUGAAAAGAACUGAUGGUUUCCCAUGAUGUCUGAGCACAGAACCAAAAAAUUGUUUUCCAUGGGAAUUGAAAUCCUAGGGCUUCUAUUUUCUCUGGGAUAGUUUGGACAGGACCUCGGCUUCGAAGUUAGUACUCAACUCAUGAAUCUAUUCUUUAUUUUUGAAGGUUUCACUAUGAAUCAUCUGUUGAAAGUUCAGGAGAUCGAGACCCCGGAAGUGAAAGAGUUAUUAAAAAGCUGGUUCAUGUGGGAAGGCAUAUCAGUUCUGAUAGUCUAUUGUCCAACGUAUCUGACUUCAGCAGGUAAGCUGAAUUAAUCGAUAUUCUUAACAUCUGUACAAAUCAAACUUCCUGAAUCAUGAUGUAACUUGAGUAUGUCAUUACGUGCUGGUGUGGUUUCACUCGGAAUUGAUUAUAUCCCACUUAAGUAUUUACCAAAUCAGUGGAUAGCAGUUUUCGCGCGUUCUGAUUGGCUCCCGUAACUCGGAAUAUCCUUGGAUAUUUACUGUUUUGGAACAGGAUUCAAAAUGGCUUAUCGUUUCGCGACAGUUUCGAAAGAGGAGAUUUUAGCGAUAAAUAAAGCAGCUGCACCAACAAAUACGGCCAAGAAAGAGACAAAAUCUGGCUUGUCGGUGUUUACUGGUUGGUAGAAAAUAAUUUUCUUACUGAAUUUGCUGCAAAAUCAUAAAAAAUGAUCCCUGAAACACUGUCAAUUGAAACGUAAACAAACUCUAACUAAAUGACGUCUUUUAUUUACAAAAAGUUACGUUUUUCAUUUUUAUCCAACUGAUUUGGUAAAUACUAAAACAACUAUCCCCCUCAGGGUCGGUGAACAGCGCGCAUAUACCACCACUAUUCACCUCCCCUUCAGGGGAUAGUUGUAUACUGUUUCGAUCUGUAAAUAAAAUCUUAGUAAAUCAGUUGAGACCCGAAUUUCUCCUUUUCAAGAACUUCCAAUGAUGUCAGUUCUCUGCUGAAUGCAAUGACGGUGGAUCCAGAGGAAUUUCUCUCAGACCUUGGAUUUGGUGAACCAGACAUGCGCUCUCGUAUUCCGGAUCGAUUUCUAGACUCGCCUUCCAAAGCACGUGGCAUUGAUGUUGAUACGUUUCGACAAAGCCUGGAUCAAGAUGACGUAUACGGAUCACCGGUAUGACAAGUUAAUUACGCUUUGGCCUUGUUGACUUAAAAAAAACGAAUCACGCUGCGCAGUAGCCUCCCACGCAGGCGUUUUUAGGGGAGCUCGUAUUUCGUCCCUUCCCACAAACGCCUGCUCAACCGAGAACGACAUUCCCUUCCCACUGUUUAAUUCGCUUGUUAAGAGACCAAUCAACAGUUGUUGUUGUUAAAAUGUCGCCACUCAAGUAAACGUGUCGCUGUUAGCAUGGUCUUUUGUUGUUGUUGUUGUUGUUUUUUUUUUUUGAGAUUCCUCCUUUUCAAAAACACUGAAAAUUUAUCACUUGCGCGGCUCUGAACUGUGAUCCAUCAUGUUUGAAAAAGUUAUUCGCGAGGAGGCAAAUAUGAAAACUGGUCAGAAUUAAACAGUUAUGCCUACUAGGAAGGAUUAUCUGUGUCCUUUUUCAACAUAGGAGUAACACUUUAAAAAUUUAGAAAAAGUCUAUCCGGACCGCCCCAUAAUCAGCGAACGAAUUUUUAUGGUUUACCAAAACUGGACUGGCCGACUUAAACGUUUUUAAAUCUAAAGUUUGUGAGACUGAAGGAGCUGUAGUUCUUAAGCGUUCAUAGACGUCACAAUAUUUUUCAAAAAAACUUUCAUAGUGUCCGAAUGUUCCCGCAGCAGUGAUUCAGGCUGAAGUAAUAAUUUAUUACCUAUCGCACAAAAAGAAAUAAACUUAAGCCGGUCAAAUGAGGUCUAAUGGCCUGGUCGUGUUCCAACGAGUUGCCAAAUAAGCAAACAAAGCGAUCAGGCAAGGAAUGAUAAAAUUUUAUUUUUAUAAUAAAUAGGUGACAUGCAUUAUACGAUUUGAAAACAAGAUUUGUUUCUUUUGAACUAAUGAAGCUACAUUUUUAUUAUUAUUUUACAUAGAAUAAUUCAUUUAUGCCCGGAACUAUUGACAAGAAAAGGCAAACAAGAGAAUUUGUGGCUGAAAUGUUGCAAGCAAUGAGUGACGUUUACUGUUAUUUAAAAGAGCGCUUGUUUGUGUUGUAUUAGUGUAACAACAUGUUUGAAAGGCAGAAACAUUGCUACGCAACGAAAACAUGUCAGAAUUGAGUGUUAAAAAGAAGUAGUCGGUCUUUAAUUUGACAGUCAUCCCAGCAAUCGAAAGUUGUAUACUCAAAACGGACCGCACAUAGUAGGAGAAGAUUUUGCGAAACAUCUGACCGUUCCUAUAAGUAACGACUUCUUGUGACAAUUUAAUAAGUAUCUAUUUCGCAUCGGUUUUAAGUCAAGUUUUUGUUUCAAUGUAAACAAACAGGUACAGGGAAGAAUUUAUGUCACAUGAAUUAUGCUGUAAUCUUGAAUCUGGUUUUGUGGGUUGCAGCUUUGUAAAGUUUUUGAAUGCAAAAAUCUCUGAUCAAUGGUCAGUUAGGCUAGACACUGGCGAGACACAUCGAAAUGUUGUUUACCAAUUGCCUCCAAAUGUGGCUAAGGUUAGGUAGAGAGUUUUAUCCCUGUUGAAACUGCUUUAUGUUGACAUGCUAUGUCAUUUGUCUGUGGAGGGUUGUACCGUUUGAGCACUCAUAUGAAAGCUACUGAGUAAUACUUUUUUGUGGUGCUUUUAUGCUGCACAAGAUGGUUCGAACUUUUGAGUCUGUAGAUGAAACCCUAUGGUUUGACCAUUCAAAUAUGUUUAUUAUGCUGUACAAGGUGGUUCUAACUUUUGAGUCUGCGGGUGAAAUCCUAAAGUGUGACCAUUCAAAUAAAAGGUACUGAGCAGUACUUCCCUUUGGUAUUGUUUAUUACGUUUUACAAGGUGAUUUUAAACUUUUGAGCCCAUAAUGGAAGGUUAUAAGCGGUGCCCCAAUGUGACGUACAUGUAGCUUUAAAAUUCAACUCUUAGAAUUCCUUCUUCGCGAUCAGGUCUUCUUCAUGACGUGGUUCAUGUUUGACUUCCGUUGAUCGUUUCCGAAAAGGAUGCGCACUAGCCUAUAUACUGCGUAUAAUAUAUUCACUGGAAAGGUAUUUCACUGUGGGGUCAUAUAUGAAGUAGUGAUAAGUGUUAUCAUUUCUCUCCAGUCUCUAGACUCCCCAGCAUGGUCGGAUCCAGGCUCCAGUAGGAUCCCACUCAGGUUUAUCACAAGUCCGGAACCAGUGAACCCAGUGCUCAGCGAGAGCUGUCAUUCUGUACCCCUAAUCUCCGAACCUGAGGAGGCCCCUGAAGACUCGUUUGACUUAAUGAGGCACCUUAGACUCAACAAGCCUACUCACUCGAGCAAAGGAAUGUUUUUAGAACCAGUCACGGAAGAACUUGAAGUUUCAUCGGUCGGAAGCGGUACUGUAAGAACUAAGAUUUCGAGGAAGCUUUCCAACGAAGGAACGAUCGUCAGGGAAGAAUCUUGGGAACAACCAAUCGCGGAAUCUGAAGUGCUGCUCAGUGUCCCUGUUGUGGAAAAAGUGGAAAAAGGCGCGGACUCGGUGGACAUGGAUGAGAAAGAGGUUGUCGUUCAGUUCGGAAAUGAUUCACAGAUAGUUAUAAAUGUAGAGUCGGACGAGGGCGUAUGUGUUUCUAUUGGUGAAGACUUUUCGACGGGUGACUCGACGAAAUUGUCUUCCGGUGCGGUUAAUGACAAUGAUUCUGCGCGUGAAGACACAGGUAUCACAGAUCAUAACGAGAACUUCAUUUCUGAAGACCUCUUAACUAAAAUGGAUGAAGACGUUAAGGAGUUUCCUCCUGAAUUACGGAGUCCUGCACAUUUAAGUGUAGCUAGUGUUGUUGUUCAAGAUUCUUUUGAACUCGAGGAGAUCACUAAUGAUGACUUCAACGAGAAGGGAUGUUCCAGAGACCCAGAACCUGGAUUAAAUGUCAAAUCAUUGAGAAAUUGUCUUACUCGUGAAAACAGUGGUGAAAGUAGUGGAUUUGAGGAAAUGCCGCCAGAUAAAGAGUCACUCACUCCAAACUCUUCAUCACCAACAUUAAUGCCAAAACGAUUAUCUGGUGAUGCGCAUGUCACUGUUAGUGACGCACGCAGACCUUUGACAGCGUUGUUAGAUCCAGAAAUUCUUAACUUGACUUCUGAAAAGACCCAGGAAGGUAAACAAAAUUUAGACGAAAAUUCUCCGCGAGCUUCGUUCGCGCAAAGGAGAACAAGAUCCCUGACUAAACAGCGUCCUAUUGACGGGGAAGCUUUAGCGGAGUGGUGUUAUAGUCCCCAGUCAUUUGCGCCUGUAGCCCCUGCCGAUGACGAGGCCCGUCUUCGCAUGAAAGCAAGCCAUGAUACCUUCACUGUGGAGUCCGAGCCCAGGUUUCUUGAGUGUUUUACUAAAGAACCAGCCGUUGUUUUUUCGGCCUCUAGCUCAGAUACUUGGGUUGGUAAAACAGACGUUAAUUACCACAGUACACCAACGCUCGGGGAAGAAAAAGCCUUACUGAAUGCACCAGGUAAUAGUUUAAACAAUACAGAUUUGACCUCUGUUGAACAUGUCAGAAGCGAGUUACAAGACAACAUCGACAUCGCGAACACCGAGUCCGAAUUGAGGUCAAACUCUAAGGCUAAUGAAGCUGUUAGAGAUGAGGAGAGCAUAUCCCUUUUAACUGCAACGACAAAUGUUACUUUAGAGCAUAAUUUUGCUGCAGAUGAGAAAAAAAUAUAUAAAAACAUGGACAAUUAUUCUCCCGCACGUGACAGUGUAAAUGACACUAGGCAAGAUACCCGAUUAUCACGUGAUCUUGUCGCUGGGAAAAUGGAGCCUUUGACCUUGACAGGAGCGUUUGGAGCAUGCGUGGAGGUAAAUCAUAAAGAGGACUCAGAAAAGGCUUUGCGGAAAGUUGAUUCUGAAUAUCAACAGGUCAGUUUGUGAUUGUGUAGUUUGUAUUGUCAGACAUUAUGGACAUAGCAUGUCCAAAUGUCGUUGUCCAAUAUAGGUACUGCAUGACUUUUCUGAGUACGAGUGCUCGUCUUGGAAUAUUUUCCAUCUCUCUUUUGUUUUGUGAGUGAUAGAUAGCUCUAUGAAUUGAGCUACAAAUGAAGUCAUGCAGUAUAUCAACACGAGAAAUAGUGUUCUUGCAGACACCGAAAGGUGCAGCCAAUUUUUUAGAUCUACUUCGAGGUGUCUGGACAUCGGAUGAGACACUGUUUUGAAUGUUUGAUAAAGCAUUUCAAGUGAUAAAUGAUUCCUAAGACUUGUUUUCACGUCAUGAGUAAUUAAUGUCGUCUGAGAACGAAAAACUGUUUAUAAGUGAGAAAAGAGAAAAUAUACUAGAGCCCACGAAAUGAUUAUUUAAAAAAAUUCUUCAAACAGUUGUAAUAACGUGAAAGUGGACAUGAUCUUCGCAGUAGAUUGAACAACCUAAGCGGUAUUAAAAGAACCUGAACAAAAAUUCAGGCUUGACCGGGAUAUCAGUCGUGCACUUCUAGGGUGGUAAUAGGCCAUUUCUGAGUUCCCCCGGGCUCCGUAUCAAUACGAUGUUAAGUGCUCAACCUUUGAUAUGGAAAUGUUUUCAUUCUCAUGCAAAUAAAACUCAUUUUCACAGGAAAGGGUGUGCGCUUGGCCUUAUUUUGAAAGUGAGGAUUUUUGGUACUUAAAAGUCGCCUAUUACAUGAAGCAAAUAGACUCCAUUCAGUGCUGCCCUUUAUUUGAGAUGGCAUAAAGCGUCACAAUGUGCUGUUAUAAUUGGCAUCUCUUGAAUAUGGAUAAAUGUUGUAGCCUUUGGCUUGCUUUUUUUCGUUGAAAGCCCUCUCGACCAAGGGAUGCCAAUCGUGGCGACUCUUUCACCAAAACAACAAAAAAACCGAACACCAAUAAUGCUUCGAGUAGUUGACCAUGAAAAGUUGAUGCAUGCUAUAACAAAUCCGAAUAGGUGCAAGUAAAAAUAAUUAUUUAGUGAAUGUAUGCCACGCUUGGUAAUAAUAUGGCUUAAUCUUUGUUUGUUAUAGAUACAUGUACUUUUUAAUAAACGUACUGCAAUUGCCACUUGUUGUUGUGUUUCUUUGUUCUUUGUUUGUAUGUUUGUUUUAGCGUUGUAAUGGGUUGUUUGUCAGUCUGUGGUUUGUAAAAUUUAGUAAAACAGUCCAGUCUUCGUCUUGUGUCGAAAUGCAUUAUGGGACUCUUUUGGGGAACGAGUUUUGUCCCAGUUUCCUACGCAACCUUGUAACAACCAAUAAAAGAAGCGAUAGCAUCCUCAAAACAGACCCAUAAUACAGUUCGGCGAAACACGGACCCAGUCUCACUCGGAAACUCAAAGUAGCCAAUAAGGCGGACGCUUUUCUAACAGGUUUCGUACAGAGUCUUGAAUUCUUGAAAAAGUCUUGAAAUUUGUCCAGCAAUUUUCCAGACCUGGAAAAAGUCUGGAAAAUAGAGACAAAAAGUUUUAAGUUUUUUUUUUUGAAAGCUACAAUUGCUGUAUAAGGGAUUUUUUUUCGGUUUCAUCAAAUCUUAUACAAUCUUGCCCAAACGCUUGAAACGCAUUAUGAAAAAAGCUUCCUCCGUUUUUUGAAGGUCUCUAUUGAUCACCUAAUUGAUAACCUUGAGUCUGGAAAAAGAAAUUAUUGUUUUGGAAAAAGUCUGAAAAAAGUUCUGAAAUUUGUAAAAAAAAUCUGUACGAACCCUGUUCUAAAAAGUGAAGCACGGUCCAACAUGGUCAAUUUGAAAUGCUCAACAAACGGCGCACGAUGUUGUUUUGAACAAGUUUUCCCGCUCUAGGCAUUGGUUCUGCGCUUAUAGCUUACAGCUAAUGAAGCGGUCUGUAGUGGGCUAUGAUCAUGUGUAUCUGGCUCCAAAAUUCUAACAAUCAUCAGGUUGGUUAAAGGUCGUGACGACUUUGUUUACUCAGGAUAUUUUUACUUUAGGUUUAUACACAUGUUGGGUAACAUUAGGGCCUAUUCCUAAGGGAUGAGCCAGCUGCCAGCUCAGUUAACUGAGCCGGCUCAUAUAAACAGGCCCCUAGUUUAUACGUCGCUGUAACGUAGCUAAGCUUAUUCGAAUAUUAACAAUCCUAUAACAUUACUAAUAGAUGGAAUCAUGAUCAAUUAUACUCCUGUGAUAAAGUUAAGACGGUUCUCUUGCAUUCAUUAUUUUCACGUCAUUUCUAAUUUUCGAUUUUCAGCACUACCUGCACGAAAUUAACGUUCUCGAGCAAAGCAUUCAAAAGUACGAAACCGCCUUAAGUUCUGGUGGGCCAUUGGAUGAACUCGGGGCUUCUUACUCCACUAAACACAUGCUUGCCCGGUACGUCUGUUCAGCUUUUGCUCUUCUCUGUUGUACAUGUCUGAUACAGUCAUUCGUUGUAAUAUUUUCUCUUUUUCCGAUAUAGCAGUAAUGAUAGCAACUAUAGCACAGGGCUCGGGGGGGCUCCGCAUAUGAAAGGGGUGGGGAUGCUCGUCGGAAAUUUUGAAUUAAACCCUUAAAGGAGACCGAUCUGGGCGUGGCCCAAGCUUUUUUUGACCCCUAAAAGAGACCAUGUUGAAACACAGGCAAUCUAUAUAUAUUUAUAUUUUUUCGCUUGCAACCCUAAACGAGACCCGUCGCGGCUAAAUAUGAUGGCCUGUUGCCCAGAACACCCUAAGUGAGACCAAAAUCCGAAAUUUACACCCCUAAGCGAAACGACGAGCAUCCCCACCCCUUUCAUAUGCGGAGUACCCCCCCGGGGGGCACAGGGGCGAUCCAGGAUUUUUCUUAGGAGGGGUUCCACUACUAAGGGAUGGCGUAACUGACUGGUGACGUAAACAAAUUUUAAAAGCGAAUACGAAGAAGGCUUUUGACUAGGCAAUAACAUAAUCUGAACUGCUGAGAAUACAUAUCAUACAUAUCUGCAUAUUUUCCAGAAAAUCAGUUGUAUUAGGUCAUCUCAGGGGGGGAGGGUGUGCACCCCUGCACCCUCCUCCAAGAUCCGCCCCUGUAACAUCACCCUGCGAGCACUAUGGUGUUAUUGGACGAGUUCUAUUUAUUCAUUUUAAUACAACUCAUAACAAACCGAUCGAAAACUGCGUGUGUUACUAAACCACUCAGCUCUCCUCCUUUGUCCCGGUCUAGUAUUUGCAAACCAGAAGUAAAAUUAUUACUCUAGCCAGUCACAACACGAGCUGACAUUCACAACCAAAUGAACCAAUCACACCUCGAAGCUGUGACGUGGGUGCCAAGCGCGGGAAAACCCCUGUGAGCAAGGUGUUGAGUUAAGUUUUGAUUGGUUGAGAUCACAAAGCCAAUUACCAAGCGAGGAGCUAAAGUAAUCCCCAAAACACUUUCGAGCCUCAGCUGAUAAUAGGUUUAACAUGUACUGCGACGCAUUUAUAACAAAUUCACGAAACGUUCUGGCUGGUUCUCCGUUUUGUAGCAUAACAGAGGAGAUGAAUGCAAUUCAAGAGCUUAGGUUAAUGAUCAGUUCAGAACUUGACCGGAUGAAACAUCUACUCAUUGAACGCAGGGAUAUGCUUCUAGCAGGAGUUUCAAGUGAUUCACUUGGGUCUGAGGUUUCUCAAAAGGUAUAGUCAGCAUUACUUUAGAACGCCUAAACUCUUUCACUCCUUGAGGUGGUCAUAGUAAAAUAUUCCCCCAAAAAGUCGAAUUUGGUUUUGUGCAAUAGCAAAAAAUAAACUGCAAAAGCUCUGUUAAAGAGGUUUCGAUUGAAUGGUCACACCAUAGGGUUUCGUCCACAGACUCCAAAGUUUGAAUCACCUUGUACAUAGUAAUAAACAGUACGACAGGAAAGUACUGCUCAGUAGCUUUCAUUUGAAUGGUCACACCAUAGGAUUUCGUCCACAGUCCUAAAAGUUAGAACCACCUUGUACAGCAUAAUAAACAGUACCACAGGAAAGUACUGCUCAGUAGCUUUCAUUUGAAUAGUCACUCACACUUUAGAACUUGAUCCUCGUUCUCCAAGGUUAGAACCACCUUGUAAAACAUAAUAAACAGUACCACAGGAAAGUACUGCAGUUGCAGUAAUCUUCGAUUGAUUUUUGAAAAAAUUUUAUGACAAAGCUUGACUUUUAAAUGAUUUUAUUUUGUAAGAUGGCAGAUCUUCUGAUAGAGCAGUCGUCCUUGAAUACUGGACUUUCGAAGAUUGGCGAUGAACUAUCGAUUCGCAGAAAGGCAUCACGAAGGGCAAGAAUACACUUUCACAUCGAAAAUGCCAAAAAAGAAUUGAAAGAAGAAAGAGAAAGAUGUCUCCAAGAGUUCCGUGAAGAGGUGAGAUUUCUGUACUUAAUCGCGAGAUCCCCUUCUCCAAGCACAACAUUUGUUUUUGCGAUCAGAAAGAGCGUUCGCUCUUAUUCUGAAGUGUUCACCAUGGUUGUUGCUGGGCGCCCCCAGGCUUUGGGUCUCCUGUGGUUCCUUGGGUGUCCUGUGUGUAUUUAAGCGUAACAAUCUGGAUUUAUGUUUGUCAGGAUCAUUUUUGGCAAGUAUGUCCAGCGGUGUCAUCAUAGCUUUAUUUCAAAUUAUAACCCUUAUUGCGCCAUUCUAAUUGCUCUAAGGUUCGCACAUUGUGGCGCGCGUAAACAGUUUCAAAUUAUUUCCGUUUGACUGUAAACUUGCCAGUUGCAAUAAAGACCCAAAUUACGAGUGUCAUACACUACCUUAUCCUGUUGUCACAAAGGCAAACUCAACCAGUGUCUUUUUGGCUGUCUAACAGCGACUAUAUCAUCGGCUGUACGCGACGUACUAUGAGCGAUUCCUUUGAUGGGUGGGUGGUUGUGUAGGGUUAAAUUAGUGACAUCCUUUUAAUUUUUAGUGACAAAAAGUUUCUCUGCAUUUUGUUAGAUCAAGGAAGCCCUUGUUCGCGAACUCAGCGAGAGAUUCUCAAGUGAAAUCGAAUUUCUUCGUAGCGAAGUUCGGGUAAGUGAUUCACGUUACACCUCGUACUUAACUCGGUAGAGACACUCACGGGCCCAUCACUAUAAAACCUUUAAACCUGACUAUCAAAAUUGAAAUUCUCAGUUGUUGUGCAUAUACCUUUCCUAUAAAAGUAGUAGGGAGAAGUUUUUGAAGUAUCAACCAGAUUGAUGUUGUGUGAUCAUCUCCUUAAUUCUCAUCACCAAUCUGUUUUAUAAAGCGUUGGUAUCACAUGGAGAAUAUUCAUGCUAAUCACUCUUAGGAGUUACAGCAAGGAGCCUAAAAGAGUGACCGCUUUUGAUCUAUUCACAUUCUUUCGUGCAGAUUUCAUCCAAUCAGAAGCCAGCUGGAAACUGUCCUCGACUUCUGAUUGGUUAAUGUCUGCAUGAAAGAAUGUGAGUUAAUUAAAGGUUACACUUUUGGGCUCCUUGCUGUAAACGGUUAAGCCUGAAAAAUCAGGUUGAUUGUUGUUAAACCUCAACCAACGUUUGAAAAUUGACACCUUUUGGGGAUUCCGCUGGUGAAGGGCCAGGGGCCCGUUUCUCGAAAGGCCCGGAAACUUUUCGGGCCCGAAGGUAAAUUUUAAAAUCAAAACUUGUAGAAAAAUGGCAUAGUUCUUAACUCGCAAUGAAAACCAGUCAAUUUUGGCUCGUUAACUGAUAGACUCAUUGCAUAAUUUUCAAAAUUCUUAAAGCUUUGAUCGUGAAUGUAAACACGGCAAUUACAACACGGCUUUCGGGGCCCAACGAAUUACAGAGCUUUCGAAAGACAGUCCGCUCAGGCCUGCAACUCCAUUAAAAUUAACACGGGACUCUUUUUUCAUACUUUACUUUCAAGUUAGCAUUUUCUUUUCUGAAGUAUUUAUCACACAUGGACGCUGACCAAGAAGCGUCUGUUUUCCUUACUUAAUAUUAUUAAGCUUGUAUCCUGUGUUGUUUUAUUGAAGUCUAAAGAUGCGUUAAUUGAACAGCUGAAGAAGAACCAACACCGAGAACCAAGGGAAAAGGAACUCUGCUGUCUGGAACUGCGUGAAGGGGGCCAUUCAGGCAUCGUAGAAGAUAUGGAGUCGGACGAGAUGGACGCUAUGCCAGGCAGGAUAGAAGAGUUAGACGUAAACGACAGAAAUAGUGAGGCAAGUAACAUUAAAGAUUUAGUAACAGAUGAGGGCGAUAGCCGGGUAGGUGACAGAAAAACUUUAGAGAAACAGAAAAGCUAGAGAUCAGAGGGAGGGAGAUGGUUUGAUUGCUUUUUGGGGGAUGGGUAUUUCAUAAAUCGAGUUGUUAAGCGAGGCCCUUCCCCCUGGCGG